AUGGUAGCAGACAUUAAAUGCUUGUUCUUCUUGACACGAGAUUCAGCUCAAGAUGGUUUCCACGGAAAGGGGGAUGCAUCGAUAGCUCAGCGUGGCGCCGAAUAUCCCAACUGCAAGUAUCAGGGAGGUCCAUUCCCACGAUUUCUUUGGCAUCGAUCCAGGUUGUUUCUUACCGAUAUUGAUGGCCUUUGGCUGGUACAAGAUCCCUGUAUCAAAACUCUGCUUUCAAGACCAUCCUCCAAAUCCUGUCAGCGCUACAGAACUAAAGUUCAAGUCGCCCUCAUUAGGGUACCGGUGAAGAUACAGGGGAUCCUAAGCAAUGAUUUUUCUACGGAGAACCCAUUUAACCAAUUACUGUGUUUGCCAAGUUCUGCUGAAAAUCGCGAAGGAAACUUGGCGUACACGGCGCGGUAUGUGCUGAGCCGUGUCGAGGCUAGGAAUCAACCAAAGAGACUUGCCCCUGGGGAAGAUCAGGGAAUGGUCUGGGGAAAUGGUCGGAUAGCCCAGGAUGAAGCCCGAAACCCAACUUUCACCAGCUUGAACACGAUCGAAGAUGCAACAUCCAAUGCUCACUUUGCAACCAACUUUGUUUUACUAUCCCAGGCGCUUUGGAACUUUGUCAACAUGUUUGGUUCAGUUGACAAUACCAGCAAAGAUGAGGUCGUUCUGAUAUCCAUAACCCCCAAGGCAACUGCCUCGCACCAAGAACCAUCUAUCGCAGACACGAACCCCUUGGACGGAGAGGAACUCGAACGUCAAAGAUCAAAUGUUCACAAUAACACAAUCAAUAGUGUGCUAUGGCUUCCUCGUGCUUCAACAAGUUCGGACGGCACGGGUGCGCGCAUCCAUCGUGGUCUCGCCGCCGAGAAGGACAUAAGUCUAUUCGGAAACUAUAAGAUCUCGCCAUUGUGGCAGAUGGGAAUUCAGAAUGCUGUAGUAACUUGUGAGAUCAUUGGGCUCCUUGCCCAUGGGUACAUCACUUAUGCUAUCGGGUAUCGCAAAAUGAUGAUGAUUGCUCUUGGAUGGUUGUGCCUAGCCAUUUCCCCAGCUUUCUUUGCUCAGAACAUCGCUGUACUACUUUCUCCCCAAGCCCUUUGUGGCCUAUCAUGGGGAGUCAUCCAGACCUUGGGGGCGACUUACGCUGCUGAGAUUGUGCCUUCAGCUGUACGAGCCGUCGUUCUCAGCAAUAUGAAUAUGUGUUGGCUCAUUGGCCAGCUACUGGGCACUGGUAUUCUGAGAUCACUCAUCGACAACACAUCCCAAUGGUCAUACCGGUUACCAUUUGCGCUACAAUGGGCUUGGGCGCUUCCAUUGCUCUUUGUCGUUUACUUUGCCCCGGAAAGUCCUUGGUGGCUAGUCCGACACGAAAGACUCUCAGAAGCACGACAUUCGCUGCAAAGACUCACAAGCGGCAAGAACCUCAAUAUCGACGAUACGCUCGCUGUUAUGCAGCAUGUUAACGCGACAGAGAAAAAAUUGGGCUAUGGUGGCGCAAGCUUCUUUGAUUUGUUCAAAGGUUCGAACCGACGCAGGACUGAAGUUUGCUGCAUGACGUGGUCCUGUCAAGCCUUGUGCGGCGCCACCCUGACUGGAUAUGCUCCUUAUUUUUUGGAACAAGCUGGCUUCGAAUCCUCCAAAUCAUUCAGUCUCGCCACAGGAAUGUAUGGUCUCGGCAUCAUUGGCGGUAUGAUAUCCUGGAUGUUGCUAUCACUGAUUGGCCGGCGUAGGCUUUACCUUGCUGGGUUGAUAGCGGCAGUCAUCAUCCUUACCAUUGGUGGUAUCCUAUCGAUUGUUCUGGACGGUCAUCCUUCAAUGAAUUGGGCCCUCGGCUCUCUUAUCAUUUUGAUGACCUUUACUUACAACAUGACCAUCGGUCCAGCUUGUUAUGUUAUCGUGGCAGAAAUUCCAUCAACACGUCUGAGAGUCAAGACCGUUGCCCUGGCGAGGGUAGUCUACAAUGUCUUCACCAUCAUCAACAACGUUAUUGCGCCACAGCUUCUGAACCCAACCGCUUGGAACCUGGCUGGUAAAUCUUGUCUGGUUUACGCGAUCACGGCUCUCUUGUGUCUUAUUUGGUGCUAUUUUCGACUACCUGAGACAAAGAAGCUGUCGUAUCUUGAGCUAGACUUACUUUUUGACAAAGGGGCUCCUACGGCCAAGUUCAAAGAAUUGCAGGACAGACUCGCUAAUACUGCGUACAUAUCAGUAUCGAGGGCAGAACGAAUGAGAAAUGCUUGGCAUGGUUGGCUUGCAUAUUCAUAG